AUGAGGAGAAGCUGCUGGCAGGUGAAGCUGCUGGCUCCAAGGGCGCGGGCAGCAGCAAGGCGCACGAGGGCGCGGGCAGCAGCAGAGCGCACGAGGGCGCAGGCAGAGCAGAGCGCACAAGGGCGCGGGCAGCAGCAGGGCGCACGAGGGCGCGGGCAGCAGCAGAGCGCACGAGGGCGCAGGCAGAGCAGAGCGCACAAGGGCGCGAGCAGCACAGGCACGGGCAGCAACGGGCGGCAACAGGCAGCAAAGGCACGGGCAGCAACGGGCGGCAACAGGCAGCACAGGCACGGGCAGCAACGGGCGGCAACGGGCAGCGCAGGCACGGGCACCAACGGGCGGCAACGGGCGGCACAGGCACGGGCAGCAACGGGCGGCAACAGGCAGCACAGGCACGGGCAGCAACAGGCAGCAACAGGAGGCAACGGGCAGCACAGGCACGGGCAGCAACGGGCGGCAACGGGCAGCACAGGCACGGGCAGCAACGGGAGGCAACGGGCAGCACAGGCACGGGCAGCAACGGGCGGCAACGGGCGGCACAGGCACGGGCAGCAACGGGCGGCAACAGGCAGCACAGGCACGGGCAGCAACGGGCAGCAACAGGCAGCACAGGCACGGGCAGCAACGAGCAGCACAGGCACGGGCAGCAACGGGCGGCAACGGGCAGCACAGGCACGGGCACCAACGGGCGGCAACGGGCAGCACAGGCACGGGCAGCAACGGGCGGCAACAGGCAGCACAGGCACGGGCAGCAACAGGCAGCACAGGCACGGGCAGCAACGGGCGGCAACAGGCAGCACAGGCACGGGCAGCAACGGGCGGCAACGGGCAGCACAGGCACGGGCAGCAACGGGCGGCAACGGGCAGCACAUGCACGGGCAGCAACAGGCAGCAACGGGCAGCACAGGCACGGGCAGCAACGGGCGGCAACAGGCAGCACACGCACGGGCAGCAACGGGCAGCACAGGCUCGGGCAGCAACGAGCGGCAACAGGCAGCACAGGCACGGGCAGCAACAGGCAGCAACAGGCGGCAACGGGCAGCACAGGCACGGGCAGCAACGGGCAGCAACGGGCAGCACAGGCACGGGCAGCAACGGGAGGCAACGGGCAGCACAGGCACGGGCAGCAACGGGCGGCAACGGGCGGCACAGGCACGGGCAGCAACGGGCGGCAACAGGCAGCACAGGCACGGGCAGCAACGGGCAGCAACAGGCAGCACAGGCACGGGCAGCAACGAGCAGCACAGGCACGGGCAGCAACGGGCGGCAACGGCCAGCACAGGCACGGGCAGCAACGGGCGGCAACGGGCAGCACAGGCACGGGCAGCAACGGGCGGCAACAGGCAGCACACGCACGGGCAGCAACAGGCAGCACAGGCACGGGCAGCAACGGGCCGCAACAGGCAGCAAAGGCACGGGCAGCAACGGGCGGCAACGGGCAGCACAGGCACGGGCAGCAACGGGCGGCAACGGGCAGCAUAG